AUGGGCUGCUUAAGCGAAAAGCGUCCAGUAUCAGCGUCCAGUCCGAUUCAAAAUCUGAACCCCUUCAUGGAUUCGCAAGGCGUUAUGAGAGCCUGCGGCCGGGUCACGUCCUCUGAACUUCUCCAAUAUGUCGAACGGCAUCCGAUAAUCCUUCCAUACGACUGCCAUUUGUCUCGACUCCUUGUUCAAUUUACGCAUCGCAUCAUGCUGCACGGUGGCAAUCAGCUGAUGAUCCGCCUGAUUCGGGCCAAAUUCUGGAUUCCAAGGGUGAGGAAUUUGGUCAAGUCCGACGUCUAUGCUUGUAAAGUAUGUGUCAUCCACAAGAAGAAGUUGCAGGCGCAACUCAUGGGAGAGCUACCGAAGGAACGGACGUCCUUCUCGCGCCCAUUCACGGACACAGGUGUAGAUUAUGCCGGUCCUUUCGAGAUAAAGAACUAUACGGGGCGAGCUUGCCUCAUCACAAAGGGGUAUGUGUUGGUGUUUGUGUGCUUCUCCACUAAGGCUAUUUAUGUAGAACCUAAGUCGGACGUUACGACCGAGAAAUUUCUGUGCCUACAGUCACCAGCAGCUUCUCUGGCAUUUCAUUCCUCCGGGAGCCCCCCACAUGGGGGCCUGUGGGAGGCAGGCGUUAAGAGCUUCAAGACUUUGUUCUACAAGUCCACCGCCACACGGAAAUACACCUUUGAGGAGCUGGCUACUCUCCUGGCGAGGAUCGAGGCGUGCCUAAAUUCGCGGCCGCUCGCGCCAAUGUCCGAAGACCCUGUUGAUCUGAUGGCUCUUACACCCGGGCACUUUUUGCACCUGAAAGCUCUUCAACAGCAAUUUCGGCUGCGAUGGAAGAAAGAGUACCUCAAGGAGCUCCAUAAGAGGAAUCUCCGCGUUGGGGAUAUGGUGGUCAUCAAGGAGGACAACCUUCCGUCCAAUGAGUGGCGAUUAGGCAGGAUUGACGCGGUGUAUCCAGGAUCCGAUAGCCAUGUCCGCCGGAACAGCGUCAACGUUCUGGCGACCGCGCUAGUGCGCAUUGACAUCGGGAGCCGGAUCUUCAACACGGGGGCCGUUAUCAUGGACGCAUCGCUAGCAGCGUGCUUCCUUCUGCCCACUACCAGCGUGGGGGACGAACAAGUUUGA